GCAGCGAGGAUGGCCCGUACCAAGCAGACGGCUCGUAAAUCCACCGGCGGGAAAGCGCCCCGCAAGCAGCUCGCCACCAAGGCUGCCCGGAAAAGCGCCCCUGCCACGGGCGGGGUGAAGAAGCCCCAUCGCUACCGCCCCGGCACUGUGGCCCUGCGGGAAAUCCGCCGCUACCAGAAAUCCACCGAGCUGCUGAUCCGCAAGCUGCCCUUCCAGCGCCUGGUGCGGGAGAUCGCCCAGGACUUCAAGACGGAUCUGCGCUUCCAGAGCUCGGCCGUCAUGGCCCUGCAGGAGGCGAGCGAGGCUUACCUGGUGGGGCUCUUCGAGGACACCAACCUGUGCGCCAUCCACGCCAAGCGAGUCACCAUCAUGCCCAAGGACAUCCAGCUGGCGCGCCGCAUCCGCGGGGAGAGGUUUAUUGUUGUUUGCUUUAUUUUUGUAGUCAUGUCAGGUCGUGGAAAGGGCGGUAAAGGGCUGGGGAAAGGUGGUGCUAAGAGACAUCGUAAAGUGUUGCGGGAUAAUAUCCAGGGCAUCACUAAACCGGCUAUUCGCCGCUUGGCUCGCCGCGGUGGGGUGAAGCGUAUCUCGGGAUUGAUCUACGAAGAGACCCGCGGGGUGCUGAAGGUUUUCCUGGAGAACGUGAUCCGCGAUGCGGUGACCUACACCGAGCACGCCAAGCGGAAGACGGUGACGGCUAUGGAUGUGGUGUACGCCCUUAAGCGCCAGGGGCGCACCCUGUAUGGCUUCGGGGGCUGAUUUAGUUCUUCAAUGUGUGAAACGCGUUUAUUCGACCCAAAGGCUCUUUUAAGAGCCACC